CAGGUUUAUGUGCUGGAUGGCUGCUGCUGGAAUUUAAGGAGCGAUGGUGACCCUUCAGCAGGUCAACCUGGUGAGGGCUUCACCUCGGAUCGGGAGAGACAUGAGUCGAUCUGAGCUGGUGGGAGUCUUCCUUGAGAUGUGAGCUGGCUUUAACGUGUUUGAGGCAUGGAGAAUUCUACCUCGGUCCCAGCUAACAGCGGCUGCACCUUCCAGGAGAAGUACAAGAACAUUCUGCUCCCUGUCACUUACACAGUGGUGCUGGUCCUCGGGAUGAUGUUGAACUUGACAAUGGUGGUCCAUAUUUGGUUCUCUCGCAAGGUCCUGACCAAGAACACCAUCUACAUGCUCAACCUCGCCAUCGCUGACAUCUUAUACGUGUGCUCCCUCCCCCUCCUGAUCUACAACUACAUCCACAUGGACUACUGGCCCUUUGGUGAGAUCGCGUGCAAGGCAGUGCGGUUCCUGUUCUACGCCAACCUCCAUGGGAGCAUCCUCUUUCUCACCUGCAUCAGCCUCCAGCGCUACAUUGGCAUCUGCUACCCACUGAGCCUGUGGCACAAGAAGCGGGGUCCCAGGUUUGCCUGGACAGUCUGUGGCCUGGUUUGGGUCCUAGUUCUGGCAGAGUGCGCUCCCACCUGGAGAUUUGCCACGACCGGCACACAGAGGAACCGUACAGUCUGUUACGACCUGAGCAGCCCCGAGUUCUCCCGCCAUUACUACCCCUAUGGAAUCACCCUGACGGUAGUGGGCUUUGCCAUCCCCUUCAUCGGGCUGCUGGCUUGCUACUGUGCCAUGGUGGUGGUCCUCAGCAGGCCCGACCAGCUCCUGGGACUCGCCAACCAGCAGAGAAGGCUCAGGGCCCUGAGGAUGGUGGUUAUCGUGGCUACGGUGUUCGUAAUCAGCUUUGUACCUUUCCACCUAACAAAGACAAUGUACCUCAUUGUGCGUGCACAGCGUUCCGUGCCCUGCGAGACACUUCAGAGCUUUGCCCGGGCCUACAAGUCCACCAGGCCCCUGGCCAGCAUGAACAGCGUGCUGGACCCCAUCCUCUUCUACUUCACGCACAAGAACCUUCAGCUAGGGACGAGGAGGCUGAAACAGAUGGUCAGUGCCACUCAGAAGGGUGAUAGGGAGGGAACACCAUGAUGGCUGGUCCAGUCAAUGCUUGGACAUUGCUGGUGAGGGUGGAUGGACAUUCAGUGGUCAUUGUGCACCGAGACCAAGGAGGUUCUAGCAAGGUCAACCGAAGUGACCACCAACCAACACUUCUGCAGGGAAGCCUGAGGUGCACAUUUGUUCAUCCAAUCAGUGCGGUCUGCUUUCGUGUGCAGGUUGUCCAGUCCAGUCCAGGAGUGAAAAUGAGAAGAAGCAAAUUGAAUGGGCUUCAGGACAAAGAAACGUUCAGAAGGUUCCAGAAGACAUAGGAGCAGAAUUAGGCCAUUCAGCCCGAGUCUGCUCCGCCAUUCCACCAUGGCUGAUUUAUUAUCCCUCUGAACUCUAUUCUCCCUUUGACUCCCUUACUCAUCAAGAACCUAUCAACCUCUGCGAUUUGGCCUCCACAGCCGUCUGUGCUAAUGAAUUCCACAGAUUCACUACCACCCCUCCCUCCCCAAAUAAAGAAAGUCUUCCUCAUCUCUGUUCUAAAGAGAUGUCCUUCUAUCCACUCUAUCUGUGUCCUCUGGUCCGAGACUCCCCCACUACAGGAGACAUCCUCUCCACAUCCACUAUCUGUGCCCUCUGGUCUUAGACUCCCCCACUAUAGGAAACAUCCUCUCCACAUCCACUCUAUCUGUGCCCUCUGGUCCCAGAAUCCCCCAUUAUAGGAAACAUCUUCUCCACAUCCACUCUAUCUGUGUCCUCUAGUCCGAGACUCCCCCACUAUAGGAAACAUCCUCUCCACAUCCACGCUAUCUGUGCCCUCUGGUCCUAGACUCCCC